AUGGCUGAUUCCAACCCUGAGGGGAGACACUACGACAACAUACUGAAAAUGCUAUCAGAUCUGAAUAAAGACUUGGAAAAGCUACUAGAAGAAAUGGAGAAAGUCUCAGUGCAGGCUACUUGGCUGGCCUACGAUAUGGUCGUCAUGCGCACCAACCCCACGCUGGCCGAGUCCAUGCGCCGGCUGGAAGAUGCCUUCCUUAACUGCAAGGAGGAGAUGGAGAAGAACUGGCAAGACCUGCUCAGUGAGAUCAAACGAACCCAGUAA